AUGGAUCCAAACAAGCUUCCUGACCUCAGUGGUAUGACGGGCGUCCCCUGGCUGGGACGCGGAAGAGGACUACAGCCUGAGGAGCUGGCUGUUGGACGUAGUAGAGGGCUGCUGCUCUCUAUAGAAGGGUCUGCUGUAGGACGAGCCAGAGGUUUCCCCACUCCUGGCGAUACCCCACAAGGACGAGGAGUGAUUGUGCCCAUUACUGAACCUGUGCUUGGACGAGCUAGAGGACUGCUGGUGCAGUCUGAUGAUGGAGGAGUUGGAGGAGCCAGAGGACUGCUCUUCCCAGCAGGUGAACCGAAGGUAGGGGUGGCGAGAGGUGCUAUCCUGCCUAGUCUGGAGCCACAGCACAGACAGACACCUCCAUGUGAAGACACAACGCAAGACCCAACAGAAGAGACCCUGGCUUUGACAACAAAAGAGGUUGAUAUGCCAACCCAAGGGCAAGGGUCAACACUGGUCUCCAUGUUCAGAGGAAUGGGCAUUGAGCCCACUUCAUGGGGAAGAGGAACACUACUAGUGGGUCUAGGAGCAGCUGGAGAUAUGGGAACCAUAAAGCUGCAAGGUGCCUCCGAAGGUGUCACCAGCAGCCCGGAGAGUGUCGGCCAACCUGAAAAGAUGAUUGGCAGGUAGGAGACAGAUCUUUUCUAUGGCAGACGUUUGUCCCCGCAGACGAUGGUGGGGCUUGGAAGAGCAGCAAUGCCACAGUUUGGAGUAGGAAGAGGACGCCCAUCACUUCCUUCUAUUCCUCCUGGUCAUGUUGAGUCAGUUUCUCCUGCUGCUGAACCACAACCAGCCCCAUACUCUCAGCCUUCCCAUGCAGCCAUACCCCCUGUGCCCACCACUCAAGAUGUCCUGGAGGUUUCAAAUAAUGCACCAGCAAAGAGAGAGCUGAAAAUGGAGGGAGUCCAUGAGCCACUUAACAAGGCUGGAACAAAAGGAGUUCCUAUAACUAUUGGCUCAAACCACAUCUCAAUUCGCUGCAAGAAUGAAGCUGUUUAUCAGUACCAUGUGACAUUCACUCCAAAUGUUGAAUCAAUGGCAAUGCGUUUCGGCAUGAUGAAAGAUCACCGCUCAACUACCGGAGAUGUGGUGGCGUUUGACGGCUCCAUACUCUACCUGCCUGUUAAGAUGAAUGACGUGGUUGUUCUCAAGAGUUUGAGACGGACCGAUAAUGAGGAAAUACAAAUCAAAAUCCAGAUGACAAAGAUUUUGCCACCAAACUCGGAUCUAUGCAUCCCAUUCUACAACGUAGUCCUCAGGAGGGUAAUGAAAAUCAUCGGAUUGAAGUCGGUGGGGCGAAACCAUUACGAUCCAGAAAGUGCAGUCGUUCUUGGAAAACAUCGGCUUCAAGUGUGGCCAGGCUAUUCGACCUGCAUUAAGCGGACAGACGGAGGCCUGUACCUGUGUGUGGAUGUGUCUCACAAAGUCUUGCGGAACGACUCUGUGCUGGAUGUCAUGAACAUGUUGUACCAGCAGAGCAAGGAGAACUUCCAAGACGAAUGCACCAAAGAACUGAUUGGCAGCAUCGUCAUCACCCGCUACAACAACCGCACCUACCGCAUUGAUGCCAUAGAGUGGAACAAGUCACCCAAAGACAACUUCCCUUUGAUGGAUGGCACAAAAACCACCUUUUUGGAAUACUACAGCAAGAACUAUGGAAUUACAAUCAAAGAGAUGGACCAACCUCUGCUCAUGCAUCGGCCGAAGGAGAGGGCCAAGCCGGGAGGGAAGCAAAUCAUUACUGGAGAGAUCCUUUUAGUGCCAGAGCUUUCCUUCAUGACGGGAAUCCCAGAGAAAAUGAGGAAGGACUUCAAGGCCAUGAAGGACCUGAACAUGCACAUCAAUGUGAGCGGUGAGCAGCACACACACUCAAUAAAGCAACUUCUGAAGAGCAUCAGCACCAACCCAGAGAGUAUGAAGGAGCUCAGCCGAUGGGGACUGGAGAUCGGCUCAGAAAUACUCAUGAUUAAAGGUCGAAUUCUGCCCCUUGAAACCAUCUGCUUGCAGUCUUCAUCCUUUGCCACUAGUGCUGAAGUGUCCUGGUCCAGAGAGCUUGUCAGGGAUGCUUCAAUCAGUUCUAUCCCCUUGAACAUCUGGGCCGUCUUCUACCCUCGGCGCUGUGCUGAGCAGGCUGAGGAGCUCGUUUCCACCUUUAAAAAGGUGGCCGGGCCUAUUGGGGUGCGACUGGAACGACCCAUUCGUGUGGAGCUGAGGGACGAUCGCACAGAGACUUACGUCAAGAGCAUCCACACACAGCUCACCAGUGAACCCAACAUGCAGCUUGUUGUGUGCAUCAUGGUCGGCAACAGAGAUGAUCUCUACAGUGCCAUCAAGAAGCUCUGCUGUGUUAAAAGUCCCAUCCCGUCUCAGGCCAUCAAUGUCCGGACAAUUUCCCAGCAACAGAAGUUGAAGAGUGUUGCCCAAAAGAUACUCCUGCAGAUGAACAGCAAGUUAGGUGGAGAGCUGUGGACUGUCAGUGUCCCUCUGAAACAUUUGAUGGUGGUUGGCGUUGAUGUCCACCAUGACACCAGCAAGGCUCAUCAGUCAGUCAUGGGCUUUGUCGCAAGUGUGAACAGCUCACUGACCCGCUGGUACUCCAGAGUAACUUUCCAGACCCCCAAUGAGGAACUGAUCAAUGGCUUCAGAGUUUGCUUACUGGCUGCACUGCAGAAGUACUACGAGGUGAACCACAACUUGCCAGAGAAGAUUGUGGUGUAUCGGGAUGGCGUGUCAGACGGCCAGCUGAAGAUGGUGGAGCAGUACGAGAUCCCGCAGCUGAUCAAAUGCUUUGAGACUUUCCCCAGCUAUGAGCCCAAACUGGUCUUCAUUGUGGUCCAAAAGCGCAUCAGCACCACCCUCUACUCCUGGGCUUCAAACAACUUUGGUACUCCUCCAGCUGGGACUGUCCUGGAUCACACCCUCACUCAGAAAGACUGGGUGGACUUCUAUCUGAUGGCACAUCAGAUUCGCCAGGGCUGUGGACUUCCCACACACUACAUCUCUUUGUACAACACAGCGAACCUCACACCAGACCAUUUGCAAAGGCUGACUUUCAAGAUGUGCCAUUUGUACUGGAACUGGCCAGGCACCAUUCGUGUUCCAGCACCAUGCAAGUACGCCCACAAACUGGCUUUCCUGUCUGGCCAGUACCUUCACUCAGAGCCGGCCAUCCAGCUAUCGGACAAACUGUUCUUCCUUUGA